UACAGAGAAACCCUGUCUCGAAAAACCAAAAAACCAAAACCAAAACCAAACCAAAACAAAAAAACCCCCACAGGCUGCACUUGCGAACAGCAUGGUUCAUUUCCAGCACCUACAUGGUAGCUCACAAUCAUGUUACUCCAGCUCCAAGGGAUCAGAGGACCCCUUCCGGCCUCCUCAGUUCCCAGGCACACAUGGUAAACAGAUAUACAGGUCCCCAUACACAUCAAAUAAAAUAAACUUUAAGAGAAAUAAAAACAAUUUUUAGGUCAGGGGUUGGUGGCGAAUGCACUUAGGAGGCAGAGGCAGGUGUCCCUAUGAGCUCGAGGACAGCCUGGACUAUACAGAGUGAGUUCCAGGACAGCCAGAGCUACACAGAGAAAUUGUCUUAAAACCAACCAAGCAAGCAAAAGGGGCAAACAAAGCCUCAUAGCUUUUCCUAAGAGAUCACUUAGCUUCUCUCCAGAGUGAACACAAGGUAUGGGCCUAUUCCCUUGCAGGAGUAGCUAUUUUAAAAUCUGGGUGGGAGAUAAAAAUGCUUUAAACUCAGAAUUGCAAAAAGCAUCACCAUCAUCAUAAUACAUUAAGAGUGCUGGGUGUGGUGGCACAAAUGACAACUGGCUAUUAUUCUACUCUGUGCUUGCUAUGGCAAGCAUGCACUGGAGUUUGGUAGACUUGGGCUCUCAAGUAAAAAACAAAAAACAAAAAACAGGAGAGCGCAGCGGUUUAAAAGGGGGGGGGGGGCUUCAGACUUAUUCUGAUUGGAUGUUGCUAGCUAAGAAGCAGGAGGGCUGGAAGCAGGGAGUCAUUGGUUUAGAGAGCAUAUUUGGCUUUCUCUGAUUGGUCUCAAGUUGGAAGCAGCGGUAAAAAUAUGGAAGCUGCAAGUCAGUGACUAAGUACUGACUGUCCAGGAUUCCCUAACGUCGGUGUUUAGUAAGGAAUCGCACUGUCCCAAAGGGUUUAACCACUGUCAGUAUUUCCAGCCCUCCAGCAGCGUAAGACGCGAGUUUUUAACUUUCUCCGGCCCAGCUCGAUUUUUACUUAACAAACAAAAAAGUUUGUUUUGCUUGGAACAAGACGACUUUCUAGGUUAAGGAUAAGACAUCAGGAUCCGAGAAUCAUAGAAACAAACGCACAAAUAUCUGCAGUAAGGGUCAGGCAGGAGAAUCUACGGGUCUCCCAUUUGCACAGCGAGCCCUCACUGGUAGAGGCGAUCCGCCCUUCUUUCUAGAAGAGUGCCACUGCGGGCAGGAGCAAAGGGUCACCUCGCCUGCACUCCGGGUUUGAUAGCCCACGACCGAGGGCGCGCUCCCGGCUCACUGCUUCCCCCGGUGCCCCUUCCCGCUCCCUCUCAGACAGCAUCGGCCCCAAAGGCCCCACUUUUCUGCACGCCCUGGCCUCGCAGCGUCCUCCCGGCCAUCCCAGCUCAGCUUCCGGACCCGCGCAGGCUGCCCUCCGAGUGUGUCCGAGGUCAGCAGUCAGCAGACGUCCCCUCCGGCCCGGGACCCGUCAGCCCAGCUCCGAAGGGACGAACGAAGGCAAGGGCGACAGUCCUCGGCCACCGCCAUUCAUUUCCCCAGCGGUCUCGUCAGCUCUGCAGGCAAGCCCUCUCGCCCGUCCGUCCAUCCGUCCGUCCCUCCGUCCCGAAAGCAACCCCGUGUUUCCCUGAGCUCGGCCCCGUCAAAGGCCGGUCUCUCCCGACCCUCGCCCGCCGCGCCCAGGAAGCCGUGACGCCGCGGCGGCUGCAGCUGCAGCGGCCGAGCUCUCGCCAUCUUGUGUGGAGGAGGAGGAGCCGCGGCCGCCGCCAUGCGGAGCGGCUGGGAAGGAGGGAGGGAGGCGACGGCGGCGGGCGAGGGAGGGGGCAGAGCAGCAGAGUCAGCUCAGCCCGGCGGCGGCGACAUCGGGGGCGCCGGCACAGCGGGCGCCGGCCGAGAUUGAAGUGAGUGAAUUCAGAUAUAAUUCAAGCUUGUUAGAGGGCUUUAAAAAAAAAAGUUGAUUCGGUGCAUGAAAGCAAGUUAACUACUGCUGCUCACCGUUGAGAGACUUACAGGUGCUUGCCUGAACUGCAAUAAAGGACUCAUAUUAUUGAGCAGGACUUAUUUAUCUCUUCAUUUUGGAGAGCCUCAUAAACUGUUAUUACAGUUUCUCUACUGACUUUGAAAAGUUUGAAGUUUGGAAGAGACACCUGUGCAGCUAACAAAGCAUGAGCACGGCCAGAACAGAGAACCCUGUUAUCAUGGGUCUGUCCAGUCAGAACGGCCAGCUGAGGGGCCCUGUGAAGGCCAGUGCUGGCCCUGGAGGAGGGGGCACACAGCCACAGCCACAGCUGAACCAGUUGAAGAACACCAGCACAAUCAAUAAUGGCACUCCACAGCAAGCCCAGAGCAUGGCCGCCACUAUUAAACCUGGUGAUGACUGGAAAAAGACAUUAAAACUCCCUCCAAAGGAUCUAAGAAUCAAAACUUCGGAUGUGACCUCCACAAAAGGAAAUGAGUUUGAAGAUUACUGUUUGAAACGAGAGUUGCUAAUGGGAAUUUUUGAAAUGGGCUGGGAAAAACCAUCUCCUAUCCAGGAGGAGAGCAUUCCCAUUGCUUUAUCUGGUAGGGAUAUCUUAGCUAGAGCAAAAAAUGGAACAGGCAAAAGCGGUGCCUACCUCAUCCCCUUACUUGAAAGGCUGGACCUGAAGAAGGACAAUAUUCAAGCAAUGGUGAUUGUUCCCACUAGAGAACUUGCUCUACAGGUCAGUCAGAUUUGCAUCCAGGUCAGCAAACACAUGGGAGGGGCCAAAGUGAUGGCAACCACCGGAGGAACCAAUUUACGAGAUGACAUAAUGAGGCUUGAUGAUACAGUGCAUGUGGUGAUCGCUACCCCUGGCAGGAUCCUGGAUCUCAUCAAGAAAGGCGUGGCAAAGGUUGACCAUGUCCAGAUGAUAGUGCUAGAUGAGGCAGAUAAAUUGUUGUCACAGGAUUUUGUGCAGAUAAUGGAGGAUAUUAUUCUCACACUACCUAAAAAUAGGCAGAUUUUACUAUACUCCGCUACUUUCCCUCUUAGUGUACAAAAGUUUAUGAAUUCCCAUCUGCAAAAACCCUACGAGAUAAACCUGAUGGAGGAACUAACUCUGAAAGGAGUAACUCAGUACUACGCAUAUGUAACGGAGCGCCAAAAAGUGCACUGCCUCAAUACACUUUUCUCCAGGCUUCAGAUAAACCAGUCCAUCAUUUUCUGCAACUCCUCCCAGAGAGUCGAGCUACUCGCCAAGAAGAUUUCUCAGCUGGGCUACUCUUGCUUUUAUAUCCAUGCUAAAAUGAGGCAGGAACAUCGAAAUCGUGUCUUUCAUGAUUUCCGAAAUGGCUUAUGCCGCAAUCUUGUUUGCACUGAUCUGUUUACCCGAGGUAUUGAUAUACAAGCUGUGAAUGUGGUAAUAAACUUUGACUUCCCAAAGCUGGCAGAGACCUAUCUUCAUCGUAUUGGAAGAUCAGGUCGCUUUGGUCAUCUUGGCUUAGCCAUCAACUUGAUCACUUAUGAUGAUCGCUUCAACCUGAAGAGUAUUGAGGAGCAGCUGGGGACAGAGAUCAAACCCAUCCCAAGCAACAUCGACAAGAGCCUGUAUGUGGCAGAAUACCACAGUGAGCCUGCAGAAGACGAGAAACCGUAACAAGCACGCUUUGACAAACUACAGAAGGCUCUUUGGAUCUGUGACACAUCAUUUUGGGGGGGUGCUCUUCUCUUUGUGGGUUUUUUCAUCUUUAUUUUGGAACUAUGAAGAGUUAUAUAAGAGCUCAGACAUUUUUCUUUUUUUUAAACUGGUGAAGAAAAACUGAAAAGAAGACAUAGACCUUUUUUGUUCCACUUGUUUGCACUGUGUGCUGACUGAACAUUCGUUGCACUAACUGCUGGUCUUUAAAGAUGUUUUCUGGGGAAAGGGGACAAGGAAGGAGGAAAAGAAAAGAAGGGGAGAAACCCUAAAAAAGAGAAGAAUUUGGGUGAACACAUGCACCUGUCUAAAGUUCUCCACUAGCUGACUCUACUGCAUUUCAACUUCUCCCUGAUUAUUCAUCCGUUUUUAAGCCUGAAGAGCUUAUUACUUAUUUGUGCGAAGUGCCUUAUGCUACAAGACCAUUAAGAAUAUCAUCUUUACACACAGCCCAAGGAAUCAACAGAGUCAUGUUCUAUUUUCUUUUUUAUUUCUUUGCCUCUUCAUUUUGGUUUCACGUUGAAGUCUCACCUCCUGUUCUACCAGUACUCAGCCCAGGGCCGGAAGGUGGACUAGUGAUGGCAGCGCCAUUUUCCUUUUCUUUAUAUGGAGGAGUUGAUUCACAACUGCAGUCCAUCCACACUGUACAUACAUGUAUUUAAAAAAAAAAACAAUACCAAGUAAAAUUUUCUUCCGGGCUGAGUAGACGUACCAUCGUCGCUCCCAAAGGAAAGAGCAGCCUCUCACUGCAGGAGCCAGAUGACAAGCCUCUGUGCUCUACAGCAGAACACUACGCUGGCUCACACGCGUCCAUGAGCAGGAAGGCACUCGCUGUAAAGACUUGUCGGAGGGAGCCUUGACCUUCUUUCCUCUGUGGCAAAGCGUGACCCGUAGAAAAUUGGAUGUGUAUACUUGUAUAAACUUUGUAAAUAAGUUUUUUUUCUGGGUUCAUAUAUAUAUAUAUAUAUAUAAAUAUAUAUAUAUACAUACAUAUAUAUAUAUUAUUUUUUUUGGAUGAAGGUUGCUGGGAUUAAGGGAUUAGAGUGAUUAUGGGAGCAGCUAAAGAUGAGAGGGGCUCAGUUUUCUGCAACACUAAAUUCUAAAAAGUGCUUUGGCCUCUAACUGUAGGAAGCAGACCUCUGCAGGCUCUGUGUUGGAAAGGGGCCAGAAGCCCGGCCACACUGCUCUUGUAAUGAAUGCACAGGCAGCGGUCUUAGCAGACAGCAAAGGAGCUUUGCAAGGCUGUGGUCCCUGGGGGCUUUGAGAAGCUCUGUGGUUUGGCUCUCCUGUCCUAAACGUUUGAGGAACUUCCCAAGUUCUGCAAAGGGGAACAAAGAUAAAUCUUCCUUGGAGUGUGAGAAGUGUACAGAGUGCAGUCUUAGAGGAGAGUGUGUGGAGCAUGGAUUUUUAUGUCACCGGACCAGCCAGUGCAGCCUCGGCGGGCUUGGCAGUUGUGGAGCCUAGUUAUCCGCGGCCCCUCCUGUUGUGUGUGAGCAGCGCCCUCUGCCUAUCUUGAUAAAUACAUUUUUGCAGGAAGGGGCAGCCCGUUAGAGCUGUUAACGUCCAUGUCCAUGCUGCAGAAAGCUGCUUGCUGCCCGUUCUCUGUGCCGCACUAAGAGUUGCUGUCUGUCGUUUUGCAUUGUAAAUCGCUGGCAGAUGCCUUAGGUGGUAGUGUUGCUUUAAACUGUGCCCCUCCCAACACGCUUGAUGUUUGGCCUGAUCUCCAGGCAAAAGGAGGGAGAUGAAUCAACCAGUGAACUUUUUUUUUAAAAAUGUUUUUAAUUCCCUUUUAACCCAGUAUACUAGGUCAGGAGGCAUCUAGGGAACAAAAAAAGCAAAAAACAAAAUUUAAAAAAAAAUUGAUUUUCAUAUUCCAUCACUUUGAAGACCUUAAAACUAUGACAAGGUAUGUUGAGUCUGCUUCCAUGCUUAACUCGUCUGAAGAGAGGAGUCAGUUAUUCAAAGUUGCUUUGACUUUGCCUAGUUCUAAAGCAAAACUAUUUGUGACUUAUCCCAAAUUCUUUGGGGAUCAAAAUCCUACAGAUGCCUCCUUAUCAGAGAUAACCCUGACUCUGUAACAACUGUAGCAGGAGCUGCACGGUACAAAUCCCCAAAGGCAAGUCCAGUCAAGUGUUGGCUACAAAACAAACCAAAUUAAUAAGGAAGUCACUUUUUUAGGGAGGGUGGGAGUGGGGUCUUAAAAACUCGUUAUUUUGACCAACAGAUCUUGCCCUUGUACCGAUGCAGCUCUCCUCCUUCCUGCCUUUGGCGAGAUGAGGGAUCGCUCCGUAGAGCAACAUGAGCAGGAAAGGAGUACAAAUGCAAUCUGCUGUCUCGCCAGAGGGCAAGUGGGUGAUCAACAAAGUGCAGUCUCUUGCCAACCUUGGACUGCUCUGCCAGGUGCCACAUGCCUCUGAGUCCCUCUUAAAGCACAGACUCCAUGGGGGAGUGUUCUGAAGUACAGCCUCUGCUGAGGGUGGCACUUGGACAGCUGGGCACCCACCCCGGAGAUCGCUGUCUGAAGAGGCGGUGCUGGGGUGGUGCUUAGCUCACUUGAGCUGUUGUUAAUGGGAAGAUGCCCUACUGACCAGGUCAAACCCUGGUUGGGUUUUUUUGUUGUUUUUUUUUUUUUUUAUCCUUUUUGAUCCCUCUUAAUAAGGAAUAUUGCUACUAUUGGAAAUUGUCUUUCAGGUUCUUUCCAGUAAUUUUUAAAGUAAUGGUUAUGUUUUGGUUUUCGCCAGUAGUUCAUUUCGAUAAAAACUAUGUCCUAUUUUUAAUAUCCACCUCAAUGCUUUUAGCCUCUGGUCAUGUAGUUGUGUGAUAAGUAACAGACUGUUACACACUUGCUGCUCAGGGCCUGUUUUUUUCUCUCCCUUAGUGUUCUGAACAUGAAAGAAACUUUCUUAGGAAUGGAAUACAUUUACCAUAAAAUGUUUUUCCUGGAAAGGAAAACCUAAGUAGCUCUAAAUUAUUUCCAGGUGGGCACCAGCAUCAUAACAAUUGGUUGGCCCGGUGGGGUGGGGUGGGGUGGGCUGGGUGGGUGGUUGUCAUACUCGUUUUCAGAAUGAGAUGAGGGCAUCUUUCCUUGGCCACCUGCUUUGUGCUGGACACCAUCGUGCUCGGUGAGAACAGAGCACAGCACAGAGUUUGGAGUGACAUGUUGGAAACAAAACAUCUCAUUCUGAUCAUUUGGUUUAUUUUUUUUUAAUAGGGGUGGGAGGGGAGGGUACUGUGUCCCAAAAGGGAGGGUGUCUGCACUAAGGAUUUAGAAACACUUUGGAAGCUCAUAACCUCAUGGGAAACUGCCUUUAGCCACACACACUCCUGACCUUUAGAUGAGUAACAAAAAGAUGAAAUAAGUUUGUGGGAAUUAAGCCAUGUUAUUUUAAUUGGAUACUUUUUUUUUUCAACUCUCUGUGUAUCUUUAAAAUUGUUACUGUGGAAUGAUUUUCUUGCCAAAUAACUUUGUCAGGCAAAAUUAUUGGCCUCAUGGGAGGUGAAGUAAGCCAGAUUUUGGGUAAAUUUAUGUGGACUUUGGUGAGUUUGUAAUUCUACUUUAUAUUCAUAAAGAUAGUUUUUUAAAACUCCCAAAGCAAAUCUAUUUUCUUCUCUAAUGUAAAAACUCAUCUUUGGAAUAAAGAGUUAAGUGUCCGAGGGUUGUAACAGAUAUGAGGUCAGAGGGAGCUAGCCUGGCCUGGACUCUGCCCCUCCACAGCUGACAGACUCCAACAGAAGUGUAUUUAAAUCUCCAGUAGACAGAGCUGGGCAGGGCAAGGGAGGGGUGGGCCUGGGUUAGUAAGCUGCAGGCUGCUGUAUUUUAACCAGUGGUUCUUGGGGAGGGGUGCUGGAGAAUACAAAGUCACUUCCCUUUUUUGAAACAAAACAAAUUAGAAAAAAACCAAUUUUUUUGUUUAGUAAAAA